AUGCCUCCUAACGAAAAAGCCAACCUACAAUCCUCUCACAGCACUUCCCCCGCCCCUGCAGACCUCCCACCAUCAUACGAAAACACUGUUCUCCCCAGAUCCACGCCCAGCACCACUUCUACACAACCAAUUCCUGUUCCCAGCCAAAACCCGCUUGACGCCAUUUCACGCCUGACGAGCAUCAAUUUCUCAAAAUACAACAUCCCCCAGGCUAAAAUAUCCAAAGACCAAGCCACCAUAACGACCGGCAAACCCGAGCUAAUAGCGACGCAAUAUGCACUGGUGAAAUUCAUCCACGAGCAAGCGGCCCUGCCACCCAAGCCAAUCAUGAUCGUCCGCGGCACGCAUCUAGGCGCCUACAGCAAACACGGCGAGACGAUUGUCGAUUUUGAGUUGAAAUUCAACUUGACUAGCCUGUUAGAUCUGGAUACUGGGGCAGAUCUUGACGGCACAAGAUCACCAACGGGCCGGAUUCGUGUUAAGAUGUUCCAAGGUUCCCCUUCGUCAUCAGGAAUGCAAACGAGCAGCGGUAGUGGCAGCGGCUCUCGAGGGAGUAAUGCAUCGAGCCUGAAUCCAUUGGAGCAAUGGGUCAAGAAGUUUUGCGAUGACAAAGCGGAGAAUAGAAGUUUCACCCUGCAUCGUCUCGCUUCGAACCUCCCCACUCCGAUCCUCGAAGGCAUGGUCCGCACCUUAAUAGCCUCGACCAGGUACCGGGGCAAAGUCAGUGUCGAGUUUCCCGUACAACACGCCGAGGUGACUGUUCUCCGCCAAUCGGGAAACUGGUUCACCAAUAUGCUUCGCCUGUAUCCGACGAAGAAAUACGAAGUUGUCGAGGCGGUAUGGGACGUUGGUGCCACAUCUAACUCCAUCCUAAACCCCGGCCCCGGCUCCCAAGGUUUCGCUGGCGAAGGACGAAGUUCUGGCAGUUCUGACAACAACACGGACCGAGACAGUCGCGCGGGUCUUAUUGCUCAGGCGUGGUGGAAGGAGUGGCAGUUCGCGAUUUGGAACGGCGUGCUAGGUGGGAAAAAAGGUUGGGUUACGGUGGAAGAUUGGAUAGAAGCGAAAAUGGGAGCGAGGGAGAAGGACAAAUCUAAGGAUUGGGGUGUGGAUUAUGAUGCAUAA